AUGGAAGAUUUCAACAGUGUAUUCGAUGGAAGAUUCAACGGCGGAUUCGAUGGAAGAUUUCAACAGCGGAUUCGAUGGAAGAUUUCAACAGUGUAUUUGAUGGAAGAUUCAACGGUGGAUUCGAUGGAAGAUUUCAACAUGUAUUCGAUGGAAGAUUCAACGGCGGAUUUGAUGGAAGAUUCAACGGUGGAUUCGAUGGAAGAUUUCAACAGUGUAUUCGAUGGAAGAUUCAACGGUGGAUUUGAUGGAAGAUUCAACAGCAGAUCUGAAUGUGGAUGAUAAUGAGAUUGUGAAUUCAGUUCUUCUAUUCCUUUCAUCAUAUAUUUUAUCAUCAUCACAUUGAUUAUCUCACUUGAGAAUGUCAUAUUGAAUGAAGUUGAAGCUGCCAGAGCUGAAGGAGAGAAUAUAAUCACUGACAUUUGAGAGAUCUGUAUAGAAGAAUUGAUUGUAGAAAUUAUAGAUUCAUUCUUCUGAUUCUUCUUCUUCUUUCUACUCAUUAAUCAUUUUGUCAUCUCUCUUAUUCUUUAUCUCAUUGAUAAUCACCUGUUCAUACAAUCUGUAUGAGAUGUCAGACUCAGGUGUAGAGAUUCGCGGAUAUCAAGGAUUCUCAGACUGAGUCUCUAUAUUCUUCUCAUUCAUCUGCUCCUCUAUCUCAUCAUUGACUGGAUCCUCUCCAUUAUCCAGAACUUCUGGAACAGGUAGUUUGGGGAGACUGAGGCGCAGGAUAGGAGUCUUUGUACAGGCUUGCAAAGCAGCAGGACAGCAGGCAUUGUGAGGCAUAUUGAAAAAAGGGUUGAUUGAUAUAUGUGGAUUUGA